AUGGCAAAUCAAACUCGUCUCCCUGAGAUCUCUCACUACAUCACCUCAUAUGAUCCAUCUGGGAAAUCGACGUUCCUUGCAGCACCUAACCCGCCCCUCGUCCAGAUGAACGAUCCUUCUAUGCGUGUGGAUUAUAUCUACUCUACUGUCGGUUCCGCAACUGGGCCGGUCUUAACGGAUCUGGUUGAUUACAAGAACAAUCAGGAUGUUCGAAACACAACUCCACAUAUCAUGUUUCCACUCGCGGGAGGGAGUUCUGCUGUUGUUGCAAGUUUUGAACCGAAUCCGGAUCCGGACAAUGACACAGGAUUUAUGCAUCGUUCAAAUACGCUCGAUUACGUCUUCAUCAUAGAUGGUGAGCUUGAGUUGACUCUGGAUAGCGGCGAAAAGCGGGUCAUGAAGAGGGGAGACGUGUGUGUUCAGCGAGCAUCUCAGCACUCCUGGAAGAACUUGAGCAAGACGGAGAUCGCAAGGUUUGGCGCAGUCACCUUGGGAAUUGAAGGUGCAAAAUUGAAUGAGAUGAUCUUUCCUGGGGAAUAG